UGAUUUUUUUAAACGCGAAUUCAGAUUAAGAAAUAAACUAAAAUGGCUUUCGGUGAUGUAAAGACCCCACAGGGACUAAAGGAGUUGAACAACUUCCUGGCCAACAGCAGCUACAUCAGCGGAUACACACCCAGCAAGGCCGAUUUGUCUGUGUUCGAUGCCCUGGGUAAGGCUCCAGCUGGAGACUACGCCCACGUUGCACGUUGGUACCGCCACAUUGCCUCCUUCGAGGCCGGAGAGCGCUCCGCUUGGACAGGCGCUCCCCUGCCUCAGUUGGCUGGUGGCAAACCCACAGUGGCUGCUCCGGCCAAGCCAGCUGCUGACGACGAUGACGAUGUCGAUCUAUUCGGCUCCGACGACGAGGAGGACGACGCUGAGGCCGAGCGCAUCAAGCAGGAGCGUGUUGCUGCCUAUACCGCCAAGAAAUCGAAGAAACCCGCCCUUAUUGCCAAGUCGUCGGUGCUGCUCGAUGUCAAGCCAUGGGAUGAUGAGACCGACAUGAAGGAGAUGGAGAAUAAUGUCCGCACCAUCGAAAUGGACGGUCUGCUGUGGGGCGCAUCCAAAUUGGUGCCAGUCGGCUAUGGCAUCCAAAAGCUGCAGAUCAUGUGCGUCAUUGAGGACGAGAAGGUGUCCAUCGAUCUUCUGCAGGAGAAGAUUGAGGAGUUCGAGGACUUUGUGCAGUCCGUCGAUAUUGCUGCCUUCAACAAGAUCUAAACUGAGAUUCUUACUAUUUUGAAUAAAUCCAAGCAAAGGCGAAGCAACUACAAA